AUGACAACUUUUUUAAAAGUUCUUGUGCUUCUCUUCUGCAUCGCCAAGGGAGAAGGCCACUGGCUGAGGUCACUGAUAGGCCAGAAGCAGAAAACUCUAUUGUCUGCAGAUGAAGAGAGAAGAAGCAGAUCUUUAACUGUAGAAAUCCAAACGGAAGCAUCUGGAGCUGAGCCAUCUCUCAUCCCCAUCGUCUCAGUCCCAGUCCGGACACGACGCUCAGCUCCUGACUCCCAGUGCAGCCUGCGCUCCAUCUUGCUGCAGGUUCGAGACUUGGGCUUAGGCUACAACUCAGAUGAGACGGUCUUAUUUAAGUACUGCAGCGGGACCUGUCCCCGCGCUCGCUCCAACCAUGACCUCACACUCAGCAACCUGCUGCUCAGCGGACUGCUCCCACAUCCCACUCCUGGGGAGCUGUGGCACAACACACCAUGCUGCAGGCCCACCCAUUACGAGGACAUCGCCUUUCUCGAUAACUCCCACCGCUGGCACAAAGUGGAGAAGCUGUCUGCUGCAGGCUGCAGCUGUGUAGAUUGA